AUGACAAAUCCAGGCAGCCAUAAACCAUUCAAGGCACCGACUCCUCCUGUCAUUGGUAAAGUGAGUCACCAUAGCAUUGACCUGAGCUGGGAGACAGAGGAGAAUGAACCACGGACGGGCUCACCAGAGAAAUGGACCCGCUUCUCUGUAGAAGAGAUGGACCCCAAAUCCCACACAUAUGGGACUAUCUAUGUUGGGUACAGCAGUCACCACACUGUAGAAAGUUUGGAGCCCGGCACGUCCUAUAAGUACAGACUGAGAAUCACAAGACCAACUGGGGAGUCCCUCUACAGCCCGGCUGUGUCUGUCUCUACCACACGUGAGCCUAUGAGUGGGAAGAACCUCCAUCUUGCUGUCAACAUGAAUGAUGAGGAGGACAUGACCAGAGUGUUGGAGUCUGGGACAGUCAGUGUGAACGUCAAUGACAAACACGGUUUCACUCCUCUCAUGGUGUCUGCACAGAAAGGCUUUGCCAGACUGGUUCACAAAUUGGUAGAACACGGUGCAGACGUGAAUAUGAAGAACGGUAGUGGGAAAGACAGUCUGAUGCUGGCAUGUUUCUUUGGCCACCUGGACAUAGUGAAGUACCUGAGGAGAUUUGGGGCCACGUGGCAGUCCCAGGACAUGGGGGGCUGUACCCCCCUCCACUGGGCAGCUGACGGAGGACACCUUGCUGUCAUAGCCUACAUGAUCCAGGAUGGCUGUGAGGUAAGACUGGUGGACACCGUGUCCCACUGGACUCCUCUGAUGAGGGUGUCAGCGGUCAGUGGGAACCCAGCGGUGGCCUCUCUCCUCAUCAGAGCCGGGGCUGAUGUCAACACCAGGGACAAGGAUGGCAAAACACCACUUAUGGUGGCAGUGUUGAACAACCAUGAGGAGCUGGUGCAGCUGUUGUUGGACAGUGGGGCCGACCACGAUGUGAAGAACGAGUUUGGGUCAGGGGCAGCUGAAAUGGCAAAGGCCUUUGGAAGAGAGAAUAUCAUCAGUUUAUUAGAAGGACGGAAGAGUAUAGUCAGAGAUGGUAUAGUCCAUUAUUAA